AUGCUUCGCGAUAGCUCAAUUGAUCACAGUACCCACGUCUUCGGGAAGGACGCUGUUAGAUACCAACAUGGUCGGGAGCGGCGAAUAGUCGUGGCACAUGGACUUAAUACGAUGUUUGGGAUUGGCAGCGGAAGAGCUGGAACGGUGCAGUUCGUACUAUUAUGGCAUGGGGAUGCUGAAGAAACGAUGGCAAAGGUUAUGGCUAGGAAACGUGAGAAAGCAAGCAAAUACGGCGACCGUUACCGAUUUCCGAGUCCAGAUGGUAAACUAAUGUUCAGUUCAGUUCGGCGAUCUGAAGGGCAAGCUCGAACAAUUAGAUUUGUCAAAACCAAAAAUCUAGGUUCUGGCCAAUUCGGCGAGGUUUUCAAGGCUCUGGACGUGGACACCGGAAAGCUCAUGGCGGUAAAGCAGCUGAAGACAGGGAAAGUUGCUACAGAGGCUGAGAGACUGAAGAAGCUUCAGCAGUAUCAGCUGCUCGAACGUGAAAUGCAUGCAAUUCGACAGGCAAGGCAUCCAAAUAUUAUCGAGUAUUUAGGCUCACAAGGCUGGGGCGGAGGAAAUGUGAAGAUAUUCACAAGCUUAAAGGAUGGAGAUUUGGUGUCUCUUAUUCAAGCGGGAGAGGACGCUGAACAGGUCGCUAGGCGAGUACUGUGCCACAUGCUUCGAGCCCUGGAUUAUCUUGCUUGUAUUGAGAUAAUCCAUCGCGAUGUCAAACCAGACAAUAUCCUUUAUACAUUCGAGCCAAAUGGCCGCGCUGUCUUCAUUCUCACAGACUUUGGAUGCUCCAGUCGAGCCAACACGGCAAAAUCUAUCAUUGGGACCAGAAUUUACAUGGCGCCAGAAAUGAGCAUGGGAGGCUUGCAAACACCCAAGGUAGACGUAUGGUCACUGUUUGUCACGAUGAUGUGGAUACUAGACGUGCACGGAUUUCGAGCACUGGAGAGGCGGAUUACAUGUGCUGUUGAAAUACAACAAAUAGUGGCAUUCGCAGCAGCCACCCCAUGGCUGUCGGGGAUUCAAGAAAUGGCGGCCCCUGAUCCUCUGCAUCGGGCUUCAGCAGCACAGAUGCUUGUUGGGCUGUACGGCGGGAAGGGUCUAACAACCCCAGUUGAUCGAAUCCCACCGAUGUUGGGCCGGCGUCGCGGUAAUCAUCAUUUUGUAUUUUAG